AUGAAUUGGGUUCGUUACACUAGCAGAAGAGAGGAAGAAUUAAGAAGGAAGGAGAGGGAAUGGUUUGCUAAGAAAGAAUUGGAUUUGGAGGGCAAGCAGUCUUGCAUGAAGAGGAGAUCCCCAAUAACGCCACGUACAAUUAGGCAUUUAAGUAAAUCCAACAUGGACCUCAAUCGCGUCAUUGGGACCAAUUUUUUUAAAAGAAGAACUUCAAAACCGCUGACUAUAUACAAAGUGAAUCUUGAUGAAAAGGCUCGAAAUUCUAUGGAGAGCAUAGUUGACAUGAGCAAAAUGAUGAAGAACAAAGAAAAUAUUAUUUCUCAGAGACUUUCAUCUUCAUAUGUUAAACAAAAACCACCCACUUUUGAUGCAUCAUCAGUUCUUUCAAAGGCUAAUCAACUAGAUCCUAGAUCUAAAAUAACAUCUCAGUUAAAUGGUCAGUUACUAAGAUCAAGUUAUUUAAAGAGACAACUGGUUGAAAAUGUGAAACUGCAAAAAAAGAGAUGCAGGCAAGGAGGUCUUGCUAGUUUUUACGAGGAACUGAGCAGUUCUUGCCACAAAGCAACAUGUCCCAACUUGAACAAUGUACCUUCAAAUUUUGAUGAAUCAACUGCUAUCUCCAACAUUUUUUAUCCUUCUAAAAAUUAUGAACACCGUCAAUUAAGUACAAGAAAUUUUCAUCAACCAGCUGAUAACACUAAUUUUAGUAAUUCUAAUUUGAAGGUAUUCAAGCAGAUAGAAAGGGUAAAUUACACAUAUUACACAAAGGAAUGUUUUGUUAUGAGGUCCAACAUGAUGGCGUCGUCACCGUCUUCAUGCACCAAGCCAACAACUCUUCAAAAUUAUCAAUCUUCAGUCAGCGAUUUCAAUCAAGCUGGUGAUUACGACUGCAUUAAUUGUGAUUCUGAAGCCAAGAAAUAUACAUUAUCAAUGAACAAGAGUACAAUGAACAAAACUAGUGAGGGUUCUACAGUUGAGGAUAGCAAUAAUAAUAAUUAUGAUAAUGAGAGUUGCGAGAAGGAUAUUGACAAGAAGUACAGCGUUUCAUAUGAUUACAAUGAAAAUGGUUACGGUAGCCAUGUUGAAAACCAAUCCAUUAUUCUUUACAAGAAGAAUUGUGAUAACAUUAAUAAAAAAAAUAAUAAUUGUAUAGUUAUCUCUGAUGUCAAUAUUAAUAAUAAUAAUAAUGAUAAUAAUGAUAAUAAUAAUAAUAAUAAUAAUAACAAUAAUAUUGAUAAUGAUGAUGAUGAUGAUGAUGAGAGGGAAAUACAGACUCGUAGUGACCAUGCAGCAGCAUCAACCAGCGUGUAUGAUUGUGAGGAAGCAAUGAGCCUUAGAUAUAAUGAGACGGCAAGUGCUAGUGACAAUGUGCACAGUGUCAUUGAUAUUCUCAGUGAUGAGAGUAGCAACAAUUUUGAAGACGAUGAUCACGAGAGGGACGACGAUGAUGUAUUGAUAUCUUCUCAGACUUCAUCAACGUCAUCAUUUUGUGAAAUUGAAGCUGUUACAGCUGCGAGGUCUCGGGAUAAUUUUCCAAGCGUUGAAAAUAAUUUUAAUACUAAAACGAUCUCCAAUGAAAUGUCCAGACAUUGCAAUUGGCCACUAGAACGUUUUAAUGAUGAUUUCACUCUUAAUUUCGAUUCAAAGUUAUUCACUGACCAAGAAACAAUUGCUAGUGUUUUUAAAAUCGCAAAUGAUGAUACCAAUCCAGCCACCAUCCCCAAUGAUAACAUCAUUCCAUCUGCAACUUCCGCUGUUAACAACAACAACAACAAUAUAGUUGAUGUUUUUAGAGUUUCAAGUCCAGUUUAUCCUAACAUUGUCAUUUUUAAGAGACCAGUUGAAAAUCAAACGAAAAUAUCAUGCCAAAGUUAUGCUAAUAUGGCAGGGCAAGCAAUGAAGCUUUUGAAUGAUACAAAAUUAUUUGGACAUCAAGCAGAUGAAUCUUGCUCAAAAGUUGAUGAAUGCUGUCAAACAAUUUUCAGUUACUCAGACAGCACAAGUCAGACAACAUGUGAUGCUUUGAUGGAUGGCCUCGCAACCAAACACCAACUACCUCUUCUCAAUAUUUCUUCUUCAGUUGAUAAGUCUUGUCAGUGGGAGACUCCUGUAAUAAAAGAUUCGUCCUUUCUUUAUGAACUCCAUGCUAGAAGAAAAUUCGAAAAAGUUGAUGAGGUUUUGAAGAGAAUUGGGCAGCUGAAUGAAGGAAAUGAAAAUACUCAUUCGGAUGCUCUACCUACUCUUUUCAUUUCAGCUAUGAAUCCUGUUAACAAUUGUUCUGCCAUGUUUUGUAAACAGAGUUUAUUUGGAGGCAGUGCAGUUAUUUGUUCUUCCUCAGUAACUUCUAACUGUUCACUUGUUACUUCUAACUGUCCAACUCUUACUUAUAGCCAUGCAAUUACGACAGAAGCAAGAGGAGGAGGAGGAAGAGGAGAAGGAGUUGUGAGUCAUACGGCAGCUGCGCCAUACAAUCAGAUAAGUGUUCAGAUCAACAAUCAAAACAUCUAUCAACUGGUCUUCAAUGGCAGCGGCAAUCUAACUUCGAACAACAAUAACAAUAAGGAUUGUAAUAAUGGUGAUGGGAGUGCACGGUGUUUAGUAAACGGCAGAGAUGCUUGUGAUGAAAAUGUUGGUGAUGUUUUUCAAUUCAGUAGAGGUCUUCAAGCCGAGAAAAUUUCAUCCUCAAUCUCACCUCUCCAUCAUAGCAACAACUUUUAUAGUAUUAAUAAUGAUAAUAUUGAUAUUCACCUUUGUAAUGACGUAACAGUUCACCAGUGCGAUGAUGACAAAUCAUUAGUGGAUCCAAAAGCAGACUUCAAUUAUCUGCAUCCAUUUGGGAAAUUCAAUGUGCAACUGAAUGAUAUUUUUACAUUCAGUGCUAAAAACUCUGUUACUGAAGAUAUCAGUAAUAACUACGAUAAGAUUAAUGAUAGAAAUAAUAAUUAUAAAAAUUUUAACGAUAGCAGUAAUUAUAACAAGAGUUUAAUCAUUAAUAUGAUUGGUGAUGGAUGUCAUUGUGCUGGGGAGGGCGCUGACGAGUUCCACAGCUUAAAUUCACAAAGCAGCUGCAAUUCACAUUUUCAAUGCCUGAAUGAUGAGGAGGAGGUCCCUGCCAGCUGUUUGGUGGAUUCUCAGGAAAGUUCUUUGUACGAAACACCUAUAUUUGAGAAGUUUAAUUGA